GAGCAGCCACGGUGAGAGGAGUGGGGGACAUGCAGGAGGUAGUGAAAUAGAAUAGUCCUGAGGGACGGGACUCCAGGGGUUUGACAAUUAGGGGUCAAGACUGGCUUAGAUCUGGGAAGAAAACCAGAGGCGGUCGAGGAGAGGCCAAACGCCAGGCAGGGGGAAGUCAGCCGGAAUGGAGUGGAAACUGGAGCGCACCGCGCCUCGGAGGGUCCGCACCGAAGAGGAGAUGCUGUGGGAAAGUAUCAUGCGUGUGCUCGCCAAAGACUUGAAGCAGAAGAGAAGUCAAGGCUUCGCUAAGGUAUUUGAUUCAGUUAAUGCUACAUAUUUUGACUUUAAGACCAACUUUGCGAAGAGGCUCUCCACAGAGGUUCCUGUUGCGAGUAGCCCCAUUACCACAAGGUGGCGGCAAAGUCAAACUAGGGCUCUGUCCGCUGAUUCCUUUGGGGAAGAGGAGUCAAUCACCUACCUCCCCGAAGCUUCUGGAUUAGUGCUGAAGACAACGCCUGAGAAAGAGACCUUGACUCUAGGAUCCUGCAAAGAACCACCAAAGACCCCCAUCAAAGGAAGUUCUGAAACAAAUAACUCUGCUCUCCAUUUUUGCAAGGCACCUCAUGCAAUGGACAGAGACUGGAAGGAAAACGUUGCCUCAAAAGGGCAGAAAUGCCUAAAACAACUUUUUGUAACCCAGAAGGUGGUUCAGCAGGCUAAUGGAAAAAUGCAGCUCUGUGAGCAAUCCCAAUGUGUUUGGAAAGGCUGCAAAGAUGGAGUCAGAGAUGAAUCCUUUCAUCUUAAAAGGUCCAGUGAUAUAAACCAUUCCAUACUCAAACCAGAGGUGAAGAUUCAUCUUACUGGUCUCCGAAAUGACUACUAUCUGAAUAUCCUAGACUGGAAUUAUCAGAAUCUUGUUGCCAUAGCCCUGGGAUCUACUGUAUACAUCUGGAAUGGGGAGAACCACAAUGGGAUUGAAAACAUAGACUUAAGUCUCACUUGUAACUAUAUUUCUUCUGUGUCCUGGAUAAAAGAGGGAACUUGCCUGGCAGUUGGCACCAGUGAGGGAGAAGUGCAAUUAUGGGAUGUGGUAACUAAAAAGCAGCUGAGAAAUAUGCUUGGUCAUUUGUCAGUAGUUGGGACUCUGAGCUGGAAUCACUUUAUCCUUAGCAGUGGGUCAAGACUGGGGCAUGUCUAUCAUCAUGAUAUUCGGGUGGCCCAGCAUCAUGUUGGAACUCUUCGCCAGAAGCAAGCUGUGUGUGCUCUGAAGUGGUCACCGGAUGGCAGGCUGCUUUCCAGUGGCUGCAGUGAUGGACUGUUGACAAUAUGGCCCCAUGAUCCAGGUGCCAGUGCACAUGGCCAGCCGCUGAAAGUCAUAACUCAAUCUACAGCUGUCAAGGCCAUGGAUUGGUGUCCCUGGCAGUCUGGGGUCCUUGCCAUUGGAGGAGGAAUGAAGGAUGGACGCUUACACAUCUUGGAUAUAAAUGCUGGGAAGAGCAUCCAGACCCCAAGCACAAACUCACAGAUUUGUUCCUUAAUAUGGCUACCUAAGACAAAGGAGAUUACAACUGGCCAAGGUACUCCCAAGAAUGAUGUAACUGUAUGGACCUGUCCCACUCUGUCCAGGUCAGGUGGGUUUUUUGGCCACAGGGGCAGAGUGCUGCACCUGGCUUUGAGUCCAGACCAGACCCGGGUGUUUUCUGCUGCAGCUGAUGGGACGGCCUCUGUAUGGAGUUGCUGCUAGCACCCAGCCCCUCUAGAUUUCAGUUUCCUCAUUUCUAAGUGAAGAUGAUGAUGUUGGCCAUGCCUUCUCCA